AUGGCCGACCUCAACGAUCCCGUGUCGCACGCCAACACCGACAACAGCCCCAGAACAAGCUCCAAGAAAUAUCUACGCCAGCAACAACCUGCUUCCCCAGCCUUUGGACCUUCGUCUUUCGUCCCCGUGAUUAAUGAUUCGGUAGAGAAUGGGUCCGUUUUCACGCACAAAGGGGCAUCGGCGAAGUUCCCUUCUAGUCUCCCAGGGGGUACCGUCGUGGACCAGCCGAUCCUGGAGGAAGAGGGAGACUCGUUGGCCAAUAAUGACGACAAAACUAAUAGCGAUAUAAACAAUCAUAUAGGGCUUCCUGGGGGUGCCGUUACGCCUGGAGCGUCAACGCCCACGGGCACCCGAAAUGUGCAAUUCACUCAGGGUGCAUCAUCAGAUCAUGAACUGCCGCAGCGCACGCGAUCCCUGUCCUCUUCUGCCGGCCAGGAGGAAAACAAUGACGCGUCUGCCAAGGACCGGAAACAGUCUCUUUUCACAAAACUGAGAGCUUUCGCAGCAACCCCGUCGUUCCCUUCACAUUCCCGCUCUCCAAGUCUGGCUACUGUUCCAGUGGGAGGCCCCGGUGGAGGUACUGAGAAUGGCUAUGCCAGUGACGUGCAUACACCGGCAUCCGAAAGAGAACAAUUCACGUACCCCGAAACAUCAGACGCCGGAAGUGAAGGAGACGCGGACGCCGAGGAGAGCGCUGGAGAACAACGAUUGCGACUGCGCAGGAGGAAAAAGACACAACGACCGCGGCCAGCUAGGAAAGAUUCUAGGGAACCGCACGCAUCGGCCCCGACUACUCCCCGGCCUGCUGCUCCAAGCCCAGGGCUCUUCUCGUUCAAUUCGUUUUAUCAUAACUCGGAAAAUCAAAGGCCCGGUUUGCUGCAACGGAGGGCUACCACUGAUCUAUCCACUCAACUUCGCGAUGGUGUAUCGGAAGAUGAAGGUCGAGAUAGGCUGAACAUGGACUCGCAGUGGAGAAAGAGAAGCAAUGCAUGGUUGUCUAGUGCCCGAGGAUUGGCAUAUAGUGGGCGGCAAGAUGCCCAGAACAGCAACAACAAUAACAACGAGGAGAGAAGACCUAUGAACCUGAGGAGGCUGACCACUUUUGGUACUCCAACUGGCGAGCAGGAGGGAUCUAAAGAAAUAUGGAGGCGGCACAAAACCGAGAGAGGAUCUAGCCUAAGUGCACAGAGAUGGCGCCAAAUCAAAGCUGGAUUGAAAUUGAUCGGGCAAAGACGCAAGGCAGACAAUACAGUAGAUCAUGCUAAAUCUGCAGAGCUAUUGGCUGAAUUGACCUCAGGUAUUCCCGCUGCUUUGAUCCUUGCUAGCAUGUUUCAACGCGAUGAACAUGGAAGUAGGCGCAUUCCCAUCCUGCUUGAACAGCUCAAGGUGCAGAUUACAGACAGCCGGAUUGACUCAAAUUCCGGAGACCGACAUCUCGUUUUUCGUAUCGAGCUGGAAUACGGAAGUGGGAUGACGCGGAUGAAAUGGAUUAUACACCGCACUCUCCGAGACUUCGCCAAUUUGCAUCUAAAAUACAAGCUACAGAUAGGCACUCAGAAGUACAUUCAAUUAAAAAGCCAGGACAGUGGGCAUUAUCUCCCGCGCUUCCCCAGAAGCGCGUUUCCUUAUCUGCGCGGUGUUCGAGGCCUCGAUAGCGAACGGGAAGAGGAUGAAGAAGACGGCGCUGGCGACGAAACCGGGGCGGACGCGACCAGUGGUAAUGAAGGUCGCCGCAAGGCGAGAAAGAGACGCUCUUCCUUUGCCAUAGCACGCCGUCGCUCUAGCGUUGGAGGUCCCCUGGAGGGUGAUGCCACUGGAGGUGAAGGCGCAGCAACAGCGACAGGCGAGAGGAGAUCCUACACCGAACGACAGCGGAAGAAACUCGAAAACUAUUUGCAGAAGAUGAUACGGUUCUUGAUAUUCCGUCCUGAUAGUAACCGAUUAUGCAAAUUCCUUGAACUUUCCGCUUUAGGGGUCCGUCUAGCAGCAGAAGGAAGUUAUCAUGGGAAAGAAGGCUUCUUGAUCAUACAGUCGGCGAAAGGUCUCGAUUUCCGAAAGGCUCUGAGACCGGCUUUACUCAAGAAGCGACACUCACCGAAGUGGUUCCUCGUACGCCACAGCUACGUUGUCUGUGUUGAUUCACCGGAAGAAAUGAACAUUUACGAUGUCUUCCUUGUAGACCCUUAUUUCAAGCUACAGUCUCAGAAAGUCCGGUUCAGAGAUCAGAACGCAAAAGAAAUUGCGCGUUCAGCAAAGGACUCGGCGGCUCAUCCUCAACAUCAUACUCUCAGGCUCGAGAAUUCGGAGCGGAAGCUGCGCUUGCUUGCAAGAAACGAGAGACAGUUGCAUCAAUUCGAAGAUUCAAUCCGGUUCAUGGUUCAGAAUACCCCCUGGUCGAAGCCAAAUCGCUUUGAUAGUUUUGCUCCAGUGCGAAAGGCUUGCUUUGCCCAGUGGUUAGUGGAUGGCCGUGACCAUAUGUGGCUCGUAUCGCGUGCAAUCAAUCAGGCGAAGGAUGUCAUCUACAUUCAUGACUGGUGGCUGAGUCCUGAGCUGUAUAUGCGGCGUCCAGCUGCGAUAAGUCAGAAGUGGAGGCUUGAUCGACUGCUUCAAAGAAAGGCCCAAGAAGGCGUCAAGGUCUUUGUCAUUAUGUACCGGAACAUCAACUCGGCCAUUCCUAUCGAUUCAGAAUAUUCAAAGUUCUCCCUCCUUGACCUUCACCCCAACGUCUUUGUGCAGAGAUCUCCCAACCAGUUUAGGCAGAACACCUUUUUCUGGGCCCACCAUGAGAAAUUGUGCAUUGUCGACCACACACUUGCAUUCGUCGGAGGAAUCGAUCUUUGCUUCGGAAGAUGGGACACCCCUCAACAUAUGCUUACGGACGAUAAACCCACUGGAUUUGAGACAUCUGACGGUCCAAAGGAUGCGGAUCACUGCCAGCUCUGGCCAGGAAAGGACUAUUCCAACCCUCGUGUCCAGGACUUUUACGAUUUGGACAAGCCUUAUGAGGAGAUGUACGACCGUAAUGUUAUCCCUCGGAUGCCCUGGCACGACAUAUCUAUGCAUGUAGUAGGCCAGCCAGCCCGAGAUCUAACAAGACACUUCGUCCAGAGAUGGAAUUAUAUCUUGCGUCAGCGCAAACCUACCAGACCAACACCGUUCCUGCUUCCUCCACCCGAUUUCAACCCUGCGGACCUCGAAGCGCUUGGUCUUCAUGGCACGUGCGAAGUCCAGAUUCUGCGUUCAGCCAGCAUGUGGUCAUUAGGAACUCCAGAUGUGACGGAACACAGCAUCAUGAAUGCCUACGUCAAGCUAAUUGAACAAUCGGAGCAUUUUGUGUACAUUGAAAAUCAAUUUUUCAUCAGUACAUGCGAGAUUGAUGGUAGGAAGGUUGAAAAUCUGAUUGGCGACGCACUGGUAGAAAGAGUCAUAAGAGCGGCGCGCAAUGGAGAGACAUGGCGUGCUGUCAUUGUCAUUCCCUUGAUGCCCGGAUUUCAGAACACCGUCGAUUCCGAAGGCGGAACGAGCGUCCGUCUUAUCAUGCAAUGUCAAUAUCGUAGUAUCUGUCGUGGCGAGACCUCUAUCUUUGGGCGGCUCCGUGCCGAGGGUAUUGAGCCUGAGGACUAUAUACAGUUCUUCAGCCUGCGAACAUGGGGCAGAAUUGGGCCGAACAAGCAGCUGGUCACUGAACAGCUCUAUAUCCAUGCAAAAUGUAUGGUGGUAGACGAUCGAGCGGCCAUUAUUGGGUCUGCAAAUAUCAACGAGCGAUCCAUGCUUGGCUCGCGCGACUCUGAAUGUGCCGCCGUCGUGAGAGACACCGAUAUGAUCUGGUCGACAAUGGACGGUAAACCUUACCUUGUUGGAAGGUUUCCGCACACCUUGCGAAUGCGGUUGAUGAGAGAGCAUCUCGGUAUUGACGUUGAUGAGCUACUUGACCAAAACCUAGCCAGGGAAGCAGCAUCAGGAGGGCGCAAUAGACGCGACAGCGAGAGUGACGCCGACUCUGUGGAUAGCCAGGCCAACGGAGUUGACGAGAAUUCAGCAGAGCGUGAAAAACAAGAUAAACGGGAAAUGAUUGAGCGCCGACACCGAAUUCAGGACGAGUUUUUGACGCGAUCCGAAGACAUGCAUAGCUUCAACCAUGAUGUUGAUUGGGAACAAGGCAGCAAUCCGAAUCUGAAAUCCAGCAGAAAGCUCACUGCAGACCCGCGAGUGACGGACAACCUUGAGCAUCGGAAUGAGGUUGCUGGGCAUGGUGCUGACCGCAUGAACAUGAAUCUGGAAGCUGGUCUUGGUCUUGGACGGGAUUCUGCAAUCUUGCGCGAUACGACCGAAAUUCUUGUGAACGAUGUCGCUUCUGAGGGGAAAGGAACAAUAAGUAACCCGAGAAAGACGCUCAGAGAUCUCGAACAGGAGCAGAGACAACACGAAGCUGUCAAAGAAUCAAUCCUACCGCCUGCGCCUAGGCAGAUUGAAUCACCGUUAGAUAGCCAUGAAUCUCCUUUCUCUCAUCUGGAACCGUUGCCCGAGACGAACGACGCUGAUAUCGGCGGGUCAUGGUUGCCAUCAAAAGACCCUUCUAGACCUGUUGGAAGCAGUCAUCCUCUAGCAGGAACAAUGACACGACCAUUCGUCGAUGAACACUGUAUGAGGGAUCCCGUCAACGAGACAUUUUACUACGAUACAUGGCAGAGAAUUGCGGAGAACAACACAAAAAUCUACAGAACCGUAUUCAGGUGCAUGCCAGACAGUCAAGUCAAGUCGUGGAAGGAAUACAAAGAAUACACUGCAUAUGGCGAGAAGUUUGUGGAAGCGCAAAACCAACAGACGGAUGCUUGGAAGGCGCAGAAUUCCAAUCCAUCUACUGCCACCAAUAUCAACACAAACAAUGGCCAACAAGACUCGGAGAAACCCACGGCUGAAAGACCCAGCAACAAUGGAUCAUCCGAGAGCCGCACGUCUGAAGACGAGAAGAACGCGCUGAAAGAAAUGGAUAAUUCUGAAGGCAGCAACAAUCAAACCCAAACUCAGCCAGUAGACGGCCCAGGUCCAGAACUGCAGUCUAGUGAAAAUGCUCCUUCAACCGAAAACGAAAAAGACAGAACCACCGGCUCGCACUCAGUCACAUACUCAAGCGCUCUGAACAUGACUCAGUCGCAAUCGCAAUCGCAACCAUCAGGGACCUACCGACGUCGCCGAACGAUGACGCGAAGCUCCAGAAGAGAGUUCCACGCUUCAGACGGAGUGAUUGAUUUGCGCCAUGCUGAUGAAUUACUCAAUAUGGUCCAGGGCCAUCUAAUUAGCUGGCCGUAUGACUGGCUCGAGAAAGAGGAACAAGGUGGAAAUUGGCUGUAUACACUUGAUCAAAUCUCGCCGAUUGAAAUAUAUACAUACUAA